GCUGCCCGAUGGCGAGAUGGCUGCUGACCGCGCCCAGCUUCACAUGGCAAAGUGCCUCCCGAACAAGGUCAGCAUGGGGCUCAAGGCAGAGGGGCCUUGGCGGUGGGAGAAUUGCUCCCUGCCCCAUAAUAGGAGCAGAGGUAUCGCUGGGUGCCCUUGGCCCUUCCCUUCCCCGGCCUUACAGCAGCACUAGGGUCGUUGCGUUAGUGCCAGCUCUGGUGAAUUGAUCACUAGCCAUUUUGUCCCCCCCUGCAGGUGUUCCUUUGCAGUGACAGGAAGAGCUCCGGCCCCCGCACAAUGUGAAGCUGGCCUUCUCUCAGGACCGGGCCCUGCCGGGCUCAGAGCUCCAGCUGCGGGUUCAGGCUGCCCCCGGGUCCCUGUGCGCCGUCCGCGCCGUGGAUCAGAGCGUGCUGCUCAUGAAGCCCGAGGCCGAGCUCAGCGUCGACACGGUCUAUAACCUGCUCCCCGAUUUUCACCGAGGAGACUAUCCCGAUGCAGUGCGAGAGCCUGAGUCAUGUGAUCCUCCUCCACACAUUGAUAAGUUAAUCAGUGCAGGUAGCGCUGGUUUGGUUCCAUUUCUUCACUGCCGCGUUGGCAGGUGGAGGUGUCGCAGAGGGACUAGCAGCCGGACUCCCGCACUGCCUAAUGCCUACAGCCUGUUUAAGGAUGCGGCUUUGGAAAUUCUCACCAACACCAACACCAAGAAGCCCUGUGAACGGCGUGGUCCUGCAUUGUCCUCACUUGCAAGUGUGGCUAGUGCAGCAGGGACCCCAGUGAGCAAUGGCCGGCUAGCACCAGAAGCCUGCACCCAGGAGGAGCCAGCGCCACGUGCGUACUUCACAGAGACGUGGCUGUGGGACCUGGUGCCUGUGGGCGAGGGGGGCUCCAAGGAAGUCCCAGUCUCAGUGCCCGACACCAUCACGGAGUGGAAAGCUGGGAUGUUCUGCAUGGCGGAGGUGGGCUUUGGCCUCUCGCCCACGGCCACCUUCACAACCGUCAAACCCUUCUUUGUGGAGCUGGCCUUGCCGUACUCCGUGAUCCGGGGAGAGGCCUUUGCCCUAAAGGCCACCGUCUUCAACUACCUGCGGCAGUGCAUCAAGGUGCGAGUGACGCUGGCGGAGUCUGCGCAGUUCCAGGCGCAGGCAGGCGAGGACGGCGCCUACACCAGCUGCCUUUGUGCAGAUGAAGGGAAAACCUUCCAAUGGGAGGUGACGGCGAGCAGCCUGGGGGAGGUGAACUUCACCAUCAGCACUGAGGCUCUGCGCACCGAGGAGCUGUGCGGCAACGAGCUGGCUGUGGUGCCAGCCCAGGGGCGAGUGCACACUGUGAUAAAGCCCCUGCUGGUCCAGCCUGGAGGGAUCCUGGAGGAGAAGGCGCACAGCUCCCUGCUCUGCCAGGAAGCAUCCGAAGAAAUCUCCGUGCAGCUGCCAGCGAACGUCCUGGCGGGGUCCGAGCGGGCCCACAUGACUGUCCUGGGAGACAUAAUAGGCACAGCUCUGCAGAACAUAGACCAGCUGCUGGCCAUGCCCUACGGCGAUGGAGAAGAGAACAUGGUCCAGUUUGCUCCCAACAUCUACAUCCAGCAGUACCUGGAGAAGAGCGGGCAGCUGAGCCCGGAGAUCAGGGACAAGGCCCAGGGAUUCCUCCAGAGCGGCUACGAGUGCGAGCUGCUCUACAAACACAACGAUGGCUCUUACAGCGCCUCUAGGAAGAGAGAUGCCAGGGGCAACACCUGGCUGACGGCCUUCGUUCUCAAGUCCUUUGGCCAAGCCAGGCCCUAUAUCUCCAUCGACGAGAAGCACCUAGAGGACGCCCUAGGGUGGCUGCACAACCGCCAGCGGAAGACCGGUUGCUUCCGCAGUGUGGGGAAGCUGUUGAACAACGCACUGCAGGGCGGCGUGGUGGAUGAGCUCUCUCUCUCGGCUUACAUCACGGUGGCGCUGCUGGAGCUGGGGCAGCCGCUCACGUACCCCAUGGUGACCAGGGCCCUCCAGUGCCUCCGGGAGUCGAGUACCAGCGACCUCUACACGCAGGCGCUGCUGGCCUAUGCCUUCGGGCUGGCGGGGAGCACUGCAAUGCGGGACGCCCUUCUGCAGCGCCUGGCCCAGCACAGCGUCAGCGCCGGGGGACAGCUCUACUGGCAGAGGAAGGUGAAGGCCCUGCCCAGCCCCUACAGGAACCAGGCCCUGUUGGCGGAGGUGGAGAUGACGGCUUACGUGCUCCUGGCCUAUCUCUCCCUGCCCAAUGUGUCCGCUGCUGACAUGACGACCGCCGCCCAGAUCGUCCGCUGGCUCAGCAGGCAGCAGGACCCCUUUGGGGGCUUCUCCUCCACGCAGGACAUGGUGGUGGCCCUGCAGGCCCUGGCCAAAUACGCAGCCCUGACAUACAGCCCGAGCGGGGCUGUGUCGGUGACAGUGAGCUCCCAGGCCGGGGCCCGGCAGCAAUUCCACGUGGAGAACGCCAACCGGCUGGUGCUGCAGCGAGCGGCCCUGCAGGAGAUCCCCGGGCAGUACACGCUGCGGGCCAGCGGCAAGGGCUGUGUUUUUGUGCAGCUGACUCUGCGCUACAACGUGCCGCCCCCAAAGAGCGCCACGACCUUUGACCUGCGGGUGGAGACGGAGCCGAAGGAGUGCACCGAGAGCGCCAGAUCCCGCUUCAGCCUCGUGCUGCACGCCCGGUACAGCGGGGAGCGCCCAGCCACCAACAUGGCCAUCAUCAAGGCCAAGCUGCCGUCCGGCUACACCCCUGUCAAGAGCUCCCUGCGGCAGCUGGAGAAGCAGCGUUUGGUGAAGUGGCUGAAGGUGCAGAAUGACCAGGUGAUGCUCUAUCUGGACCAGCUGACGAAGGAAGCGGCGAGUUUCACCUUCUCCCUGGAGCAGGAUUUCCCUGUGAAGAAUCUCAGAGCAGCCCCAGUGAGACUGUACGAUUACUACGAGACGGGUGAACACACAAAGGCUGAGUACAGCGCCCCCUGCGGCUCAGCCCCUGACGCCGACACGAUGGAAAAUUCCCGCUGAAGCCCCCUCCCCUGCUGGGCAGCCCUCUCCCCUCCCAUCUUGAGAGCCCUGCGCCAGCAGCCAACACCCCAGGAUCAGGGGGGCACGAACAGGCCUCGUCUCAGCUGCUGCUCUUCCCCGAACCAGCUGCACUAUCCCCCUUAGCACCUUCUUCAGCCAACGCCUCCCCAUUCGCUCUGCAAACAUCCCACCUGCUCUCCCAUCUCUCAGCCUCCAGACUGACCCGCGUGAUCCCAGCUGUCUGUCACACGCGGGGACCAGCGCCAGCAGGGGGACCCCUGGGGUUUGCUGCCUGUCCUGCCUGGAGCAGCAGGUUCAGUGUAAAACAAAAUACAAAACCCACCUCUUUGUGAGGCUGUUUUGUCGCUUUGUGCCUGCCCUGCUGCUGCUCCUCACACGGCUCCUCUGCAUCCUUAGAGCAGCGAGAUCCUGGGACCGUGGCUCUGUCCCCUUCCCCAGCCCUUCGGUCAUUGCUGUGGGGUUUGGCUUUAACCCUGGGGAGGCAGCGUCAGCGACAGCCCCCCAGGUUCCAGCCCCAGCUGGCAGAGCUGCCCUCGUUACACACGUCUACAUGAAAAUGGAACCAGUUGAACUGAAAUUAGUUUUGAAACCAGUUUACUUACACCUGUGAAAACCCCGGUGUGGAUGCACUUAUUGUGGUGUGAUGGAGGGUUAUUUUAGUUUAGGUUCAAUCAAUUAGGAAUUGAAGCUAAACCAGAAUCAACUCUUCUCUCAGACCGACAGGAGCACCUCUACCUGCUUGCAUGGGUUGGACUAAACUGAUUUUAAAAGCCAAGUUCUAAGAGAGGGAGGAAUAGCUUGUCCAACUCCUUACAACUCUUGCUUGUUCUGUUUGUGUUUUGUUACCAUCUGUUUAAUUCCACGGACCAAUGAACAAUGGGGAAAGGUGA